AUAAAGGUGGUCUAAGUGUUGCAGUCACAUGUAAAUGACCGCUUCGAUUGACAGUAUAAAUAAGCUGUUCGUACAGAGGAAAUCAUAACGAGUUCAGCUGUGAAUCGAUCAAGAUGCUUUCCUUCCUGGUGAUUGUCGCUUUGGUGGCUGCCGCUACUGCGGAGCCAAUGUUCCCACAUGGCCGCAUUGUCGGUGGAGAGAACGCCGUGAUCGAAACCUACCCCUACCAGAUCUCCCUCCAAGUCUACGGCAGCCACCACUGCGGAGGUUCCAUCGUCGCCGCUAACUGGGUUGUAACCGCUGGUCACUGCGUCGGCUCACCCGCCGCCUACAUGACUGUUCGCGCUGGCUCUUCCAUCCGCGGCCAGGGCGGCAGUGUUCACCAGGUCGACAAGGUCGUUCGUCAUGAGAAGUACUCUACCAACCGUUAUGGAGUACCCCUCAAUGAUGUCGCUGUUCUCCAUGUCAAGGAGCCGUUCAACUUCGAUGAUACCCGUCAGCCCAUUAACCUCUUCGAGCUCGAAGAAGAGGCAGUUCCCGGAAAGAAGUCCAUUAUCACUGGCUGGGGUAACACUGGAAAGGGUUCACCCGUCCAGCUUCAGACUGUCACUGUGCCAAUCAUUAACAAGGAGCUCUGCGACACCGCCUACAAAAGCUAUGGCGGUCUGCCAGACGGUCAGAUCUGCGCUGCCUACUACGGAGUCGGUGGAAAGGACGCCUGCCAGGGUGACUCUGGUGGCCCCCUCGCCAUCAACGGGCGCCUCGCUGGUAUCGUUUCCUGGGGUAACGGCUGCGCUAAGCCCGACUACCCUGGUGUCUACACUGAGGUCGCUGCCUUCCGUCAAUGGAUCGACAAACACCUUCAGUAAUUCUGAAUUGUACUUUUCGAAAGGAAGGACAUAUACUUGGUCGAUAACAGCGAACUCGGCAAGCAGCUUUGUCGAUUGAGAAUUUCACUAGUUAAACGGAGGGAGUUUUUGCAUUUAUCAAUAGAGCCGAUUUUGACGAACUCACUAAAUCCUGUGAGCGAUUGUAAUUUUUAUGAUUGUUUUCUAAUAAAAUAAAAUAGUUAUACUAAA